GACGGCGUCCCGCCGGCUGUGCCUGCGCGGCUUUGUGUGCGGGCCGGGCGGCUCGGGGGCUGCUGCCGGGGGCGCCGCCGCCUCCCACCGCGCCGACCUGCAGGUGAGCGGGGCUGCGCGGCCCCCGCCCGCCGUCCGGUUCUCGCCUCCCCUCCUCCCGGCACGUGCCGGGAGCCUCUUUGCCGGGAGCGGGGCCGGCGGGGAGGCCGGGCCCCGCCGGGAAGGGGGGGUCGGCUCCGGUGGAGUUGCCGGAGGCCGAGGCCGGAGCGGCGACGGUUGGGACCUCUCCGGUUCUCGGCCCUGGGGCCUGAAAGAGGGAGCGGGGCCGCCACCCGUGCGCCGCUUCCCCGGUGCGUGGUGCGGGCCGGGCGUUGGGGGGCUCUCGGUGCGGCUGCGAGCAUCCCCGGGCCGCGCUCCAAGCAGGGGGCGGGCAGCAACCCGGCAUUCCCCUAACAACAACGCUUCGUUAGCGCCGGCCUCUAAUUCACCCGGCGGAGGCGUCGCUGCUGCCGGGAGCCGCCCGCCCCGGGCACGGAACGGGGAGUGGGGGGGGUGGGUGAACACCCGGGGGGGGCGCGGAGCCGCUCUGUGCCCGCGGCGGACAAAGAACCGCUCCCGGUCGGUCCCGCAGCGCUCUGAGCCCCGCGGAGCCGCGUGUGGCCGCGCUUUGUGCCCCGCGGGUCCCGUGGCGGCGGGUCGGGGCCCUCCGGAGCCGUUAGUGCCACGCAGGGCUGUGCUGGGGGUGUGGUUUUGUUUGUUUUGUUUUCUUUCUUUUCGCGUUGUGCGCUGUUUUGUUGGGGUUUUUUUUUUUUUUUUCCCUCCUCCUUUCCAGGAAGCGCUCCACGUUGUCGUAUUUCUGGCUCCGUUCGCCGCCUGAGAUCUGGCGGAGAGGCGGUCGAGAGAGGUUUCUAAAUGUCAGAUGGGACGCAUAGUUUUGAUACCCCUCCGGAGUCGGGCUGAGAUGUCGGUGCUUUGGAGCUGCCCCUUUCCUGGAGCUGUGCGCUGCUGCGGCGGCGAUGUGCAGCAGCCCCCGGCCGUGUGGGUGCCGUUAUUGCAGCGAUGGGGGCUGCAGAACCCCGCUGGCUGCUCAUGCAGGUUCAACACAGCGUGCUCCAGCUGUGGUCCGGUUUAGUCCCAUCUCCGUGCAGCUGUGAGGCUGCUUCCAUCAGUCUUAGGUGCGAGGGCCCUCCCGGUGGGGCUCUGUGAGCUCAGGGGAGGCGGCAGAGGAGCACAGAGCUGGGGAAGGACAGCAGUGGGAGCUGCAUUCUCUGCCUGGCGCACACCCAGAGCUGCACUGGGAUUGCUCCGUUCCACGCUGCUCCGGGCUGUCUGUAAGGUCCUUUCCCUGAGACCGAUGGCUGUCACCACCAGUGCUUGGGUUUGGCAGGUCUGCCUCCUGAAGCCCCGUGGAGUAAAGCUUUGAUAUCCUUUGCUCAAUGUGGCGUGGUAGUAUAGCGUGCUGCUGGAUGGGGCCUGCAGGGACCUCACUGCGACUUUCAGGAGUUGCAGUGCUUGCUUUGUCUCCGUGCUUUGACACAGCUCGCUGUGUGCUCACAGUGAAAGGCUUUGCUGAAGACAAACCGUGGAGCUCACCGUGGGGUCUGCAUGGGCUGCAGCUGGAAGGUCUCUGGGAUGCGCUCAUGGCUGUGUCCAGCCCAGCCCAUGCAGGUGGUUCCUGCACCUAAAGCAGCACACGUGCACCAGGCUUCUUGUGUGCUUAGGGGUUGCUCUCUAACAGCUCUUUCUCCCUUUGCACUCUGCAGAACAGCCACACGGGGCUCAGGGCCGGAGCUCUGUGUGGGGUGGGGGCAGCGGCCCCACUGCGCUUCAGCUCCGCUGCUGCACACCGACUCCAUUUGCUGGGUUUGUUUGCCAUAGAAACAGCAGCUCUGUAGGGAAAUGAGCUCGGGGAUGGCAGCGAGCAUUGGCCUGGGUGGAAGCGAAGCCAGCGCUAUUGAAAACAGGACGUGUUUUCCUCUGUGAGGGCAGAGAGAGCAGCAGACAAUGGCCCUGUGGAUGUCUAAUCCCAGAGCUUUGCAACCUGGGCAGCCCAAAUCCCUUUGGGCUUUCUCAUGGAAGAAUGCAGAGGCCAAAGGUUCCUCUGGGAUGGGAUGAGGGCUGUGCUGUGCCCUGUGGGCUCAGGGCCCUCCCCGGGAGCACCUGCACGGGGCAGCCCUGGAGCAGAGGGGAACAUAAGAGUGCUGUGUCUCUUUGUCAGCUCGCAAGGCGGUGAGAACAAAGUGCUGCUCCCGCUGGCGUCGGGUCCUCUUGCAACAAGAGGAGUGAGUUCACCUGUUGCAUAUUUUCGGUGUUGAUAAAGGUGUCCUGAACACAUCCAGUGCCCGGGUGCCGUGGGAGUGCCAGAGGUGGGGAUUAGCAAAGAGCUGCUGAUGCUCACCUCCCUGCUGUACAGCGGGCGUGCUUCCCAGGUGAGGUUCUGCCACGCAGCAGCUCUGCUUCCAGGAUGCAGAGGCAAAGUGGAGAGGAGCCAAUGGGCAGAGAUAGAAGUGCUGCUUGCUGGAGGUUAUCUGCUGAUAAUUGUUGGGGAGGCUGUUCCAGCAUGCUGAUAAGGGGGCCCGGUUGCAGCUGAGUGCUCACUCCCAGGAUAACCUUGCAGGAAGGCUCCAGCUGUGCUUUCAAAGCUCGAUGUUGGCAGCUCCUGCUGGCAUGGGGGGAUUCCUGCAUCCCAUUAGGCUGCAGCCUGUGCUACUCAGGGUACUCUGCAUUGCAGCUUGCUUGCUUUCUCCUGGGGGGAAGCCUUUGAGCAGCACACAGCGUGCUGGGGAAGGUGGCAGCCCCAUCUGUGACACGGUGCAGGACAUGGCUCAGUUCAGGAGCCCCAGCAGUGAGCUGCACCUCCCCCUGCCUGCACAGGAGCAUUCUUCACAGCAGCUUCUCCAUAAGAGCCAGGCAAUCGCACCCUGUGUAUGAACUUUCACGUCACGGAGCAUUGCCCAUGAAAUUUUAACAUGCCUCUGAGCAUCUGUACUACGGUGCUGACUUACAUUAGGCGAACCCAUCUGCUUCCUUUCUCUCCCCCUGCCCUGGGCUGCCUGCCUCUUACAGUGUGAGCGUUGUGGGGAGAAGCAGCAGCACGGGUGGAUGCAAUGCUUCCUGUGAGGUGCAGCAAAUCCAGCAGAUAGAUAGAUCAGGAGAGCAUGGGUGCCUCUGAGCCAGGCAGAGGGGCUGUGAGAGGAGUGAUUGCAGGGCGAGCUGCUGGCUGAGAGCUGCAAAGAGGAGGAAACCUGGCUUGCUUAACCCUUCUGGUUGAACACCCUGCAAGGCAGCACAGCAGCAGGCAGCCUGCAGAUGGCUCGUCAAGCUGUCCCACACGCAGGUUCACAUUGCACUGCAUAUGCUGGCGUUUGGGGUUUGAAGCAAACCAGCAGAGCAGGCUUCAGAGGCUGGGGCUGCAGCACAGCUCCUCUGUGCGGCUGUGGAGCUUUUUGUGCGGAUUAGGGUUUGUGGUACAUCUUUUUUUGCCGUUCUUUGUUACAAAUGCAGCAAUUCUGUACGGAAGGGAAAUCCUUAACUGGCUCUGGCUGCAGAGUUUAGGGCUCUAUAGCCAGGAAAUGCCGACCCAUAGUUGCAUAACCCCAUCCCCACGUGUGUGUGCACUGAAGGAGCAGUCUCUGUGCAUGGUUAGGGACUUUCAGACACAGCCUGCCGUGCACCAGGAUGUGGGAUGUAACUACAGAGUGUGUACAUGGGACAGAAUUGGUGAGCCCAGGUGCUUGGUAUGAGUCAUGGCACUGCUGGGGGCUUUCAUAAGCAAAAGUUUUCCAACUGUCUCCAAGCCUGGGAAGUCCUGGCAGCACCUUUCUUGUCUACCCUGGGUGAGUGGGGCUGCUGCCUCCGCCCUGCGCACUGGGGCCGACCUUUACACCCAGCUGAAGGUCGCAGCAGCACAGAGGGAGGAGCUGCAGGUGGUGGCAGCUCCCGUCCUGCUGCUGCCGGAGGUGCUGGUGGCUUCUGAAGGGUCUUGCGCUGCUUGGGAUGUAGAGUACAGCCGCUUCGAGUCCAAGAUCCACGACUUGAGAGAGCAGAUGAUGAACAGCAGCAUGAGCUCUGGCUCUGGCUCACUUCGGACAAGCGAGAAGAGGUCCCUCUAUGUCCGAGCUCUGUUUGACUAUGACCGGACCCGGGACAGCUGCUUACCCAGCCAGGGGCUCAGCUUCUCCUAUGGGGACAUCCUCCAUGUCAUCAAUGCCUCUGAUGAUGAGUGGUGGCAAGCCAGGCUUGUGACACCUCACGGCGAGAGUGAGCAGAUCGGAGUCAUCCCCAGCAAGAAGAGGGUGGAGAAGAAGGAGAGAGCGCGGUUGAAAACGGUGAAGUUCCACGCCAGGACUGGCAUGAUAGAGUCCAACCGGUCGAUCAAAACGAAACGUAAAAAGAGUUUCCGCCUCUCUCGAAAGUUCCCAUUUUACAAGAGCAAAGAGAACCUGGCCCAGGAGAGCAGCGGACAGGAACAGGGCGUGACAUCAAACACCAGUGACAGCGAGAGCAGUUCCAAAGGACAAGAGGACACUAUCCUGUCAUACGAGCCAGUGACACGGCAAGAAAUUCACUAUGCCAGGCCUGUGAUCAUCCUGGGGCCCACGAAGGACCGAAUCAAUGACGACCUCAUCUCUGAAUUUCCACACAAGUUUGGUUCCUGCGUGCCACACACCACCAGGCCUCGGCGUGAUAAUGAGGUGGAUGGACAGGAUUACCACUUCGUCGUCUCCCGAGAACAGAUGGAGAAGGAUAUUCAGGACAACAAGUUCAUAGAGGCCGGGCAGUUCAACGACAAUCUCUACGGGACCAGCAUUCAGUCGGUGCGGGCGGUCGCAGAGAGGGGAAAACACUGCAUCCUGGAUGUAUCUGGCAAUGCUAUCAAGAGGUUGCAACAAGCACAACUUUAUCCCAUUGCCAUUUUCAUCAAACCAAAAUCCAUCGAAGCGCUCAUGGAGAUGAACCGGAGGCAGACAUACGAACAGGCCAACAAGGUCUUUGACAAAGCCAUGAAACUCGAGCAAGAAUUUGGAGAGUAUUUUACAGCCAUCGUACAAGGAGACUCCCUCGAAGAGAUUUACAGCAAAAUCAAACAGAUCAUCGAGGACCAAUCCGGGCACUACAUCUGGGUCCCAUCCCCAGAGAAGCUCUGAAGCUGUCCCCCGCCUGCGGGGACCAUCUCCGACGUCCCACCCCACCCGUGCCCUCUGCCCCAAGGGGGGGGGAUGUGCAAACGAUUCCUGCCCCCUUUUUUAGAUCGUCGCAAAAUUGAGUUUUCUAGUCCUGUUUCUUUUGUUGGGAUGAACUGAUCUCAUUCAUCACGUGACUGUUCCCACCAUCCCUGCAUGGACCUUCCCACUGCUCCAUUAGAGACAGAUGAGAACCCAUCCAAGAGUCGUUUUUUAUUACUAUUAUUAUUAACUAAACCCAGAAUCCAGAAGGGAGGAGGCGGCUGAGGACUGACGUACAAACAAGUGGAACAGUGGACUCUGAAGACAAGAGCAGUGUCGGAGCUCCGGGGCACUUUUUCCAGGUGUGACUGCCUAGCAGCUCUGAGCUGUGCGACAGAACGGCAGCAGAAGGCAUUUUAUUUAUCUGUAUAUGUAAUUUAUAUAUAAUAUAGAGAAAGAUAUUAUAUAUAUAUUAUAUAUAUAUCCAUGUGGACUAGGAAACCUGAGGGACCUCUUCAAAGGUACUGUGUUAUUGCAAGGAUCUUUCAGUUUCUUUGUCCCACCCGCUGGGCAGAGGGAGUCCGCUGGAGCAGAAGUGAUCCUGGCGGUACCACGAGCAUCUCCUGCUGCCCUGCCAGCAGCCCCAGGUUGGGGAGCAGCACAGAGCCCCCCCAGAAGGGCCUGGAGCUCUGGGCUGACCCAGGAGCCACAGACUGAGCAGGAGGCUGCGGAGGGAGAGAAUGGAUGAUGCUACAUAUUAAAUUGCACAUUGUUUUACACGCCACCGUAUGUGUUUGCAUGAGAGGUUUCCUUUUGGUUCUAUUUUUUUAAGCUGAUGUUAAACCAAAACCAUAUUGUGUUGCUGUGUUGGCUUUUUUUAAAUUUUUUUUUCCAUUAUUCCUUUUUUUUUUUUUCUCUCUUGUUAAUAAUGAACUGAACGGGUAUAAAAUCCAGUUUUUUAACUUA